AUGUCGGCCAAAGCCCAGUUGACCCGUACCACUGCUCGGCUUGCCGAACAGACGCGCGGCGAGUACAAGUUCAAGCAACUCCACGCAGAGGCCGCCAAGCUGCGGCCUCCGUAUCUAGACCGCGCAACCUAUAUCGGCCCCGUUCGGGUCCAAGACGCCGGCCCCGGGGGGCGCGGGCUCUUUACAACCGAAGCGGUCAAGGCGGGUGACCUCCUCUUCUGCAAGAAAGCCUUUGCGUGCGUCUUUUCUGACGCAGACGCCCGCGAAGCCCCGCUACUUCUGGACCCCGAGGCUGGAGGUGGAAUAAGCAUACACUCAGACCUGAUUAACAUGGCCAUCCAGAAGCUGCACCAGAACCCGUCUCUUAUACCGACCAUUACCAAACUCCAUCACGGCUCUUAUCAGCCAGUCACCACCGCCCGAAUUGAUGGCCGGCCCAUCAUCGACAGUUUCCUCAUCCACCGCAUUGUGGACAUCAACACCUUCAGCAACCCGCUCACCACCCUCGCCGCCCUCACCGGCUCCAACGCCUCUAAAACCGAGUCCUCCGGCAUCUGGCCCCUAGCCUCCUACCUCAACCACUCCUGCAUGGAAACCGCCUCCCGCGCCUUCAUCGCCGACUUUCUCAUCGCGCGCGCGACGUGCGAUCUCCCCGCCAACGCGGAGCUCACGUGGGCGUACCGCCCCGCCAGCGCGGCCAGCGACCGAGAGAGUAAGCGCAACCGGGAGAGGAUGCUCAGGCAGUGGGGGUAUGAAUGUCACUGCGCGCUGUGUGCGGAUGCGAAGGGGCUGAGAGAGGCGGUGGUGGUGACGAGGAGGGCGUUGGUGGAGGGGGUGUGGCGCACGGUUGGGGAGGCUGGGUUGAUUGCUCCGCGGGGCGUGGUGCUGGGGACGGUGGACAGCGCUGUGGAGGCGCUGGAGGGGACGUAUGCGCGUCCGGCGGAGGAGGUGCCGCGGUUGGAGGCCAUGGGGUUGAUGUUGAGGGCGUUGGAGGCGCUAGGGCAUGUCAUCGAGGGAGGGGAGCGGGGGACGGUAGUGGUUAGGAAGUGGGGGAUGAUGGUCGGACCUGUGGUCGAGUGCUGGAUGUUGCUGCGCGAUACGUAUCAGGAGACGGCACCCGAGCUGGUGGCGCCGGCUGAGGAGUAUGCUCGUACGGCGUACCGGAUCGUGAUGGGUGAGGACGAAACACUUGACCAGUUUCCGGCGAGGUCUGCGGCGCGCAGGGGAAGUCGAUAUCCGUCAGUGGCUACACAACGCCCCUCGACUUCAGACCGUCCGGCGGCUCGUCACCACCACGGCCGGAGGGCCAAGGUCUUCCUCCACGAAACCACCGGCUCCAUCACGUUGGAAAAGGUUUACUCACACGACGUCGGUUCCGCAGUCAAAAUGCCCAUCGGCAGACUGUAUUCGACCAGCUCGACGUGA